CACCACCUCUAACCGCCUCAAAUCUUCUCUCCUGCAAUCGCACCAACUGCGGCAUCUUUUGCGGAUUAUUGCGGCCCGCUUUUCUCCCCACCUACGAUUGCCCCUCCUCAUUGCACCAUCCGCCAGAGGCGAUCGCCAUAAAAGCCGGCUCUAGAUCUUGCAUAAAUUCGUUAAUCUUUUCAACCAUCGACCGCAUCGCUCUAUACAUAUAAAGAGACCGACAAGCAAAUACGCAACUGCAGCUGCUCUUGCUCAGCAACUCUGAAUAGCUGAAUCAGCUUCAUCUAUCACAUCUACAUCUACAUCAACAACACACCACCGCCAAAAUGAGCGCCGACAACAUCCACCACGUCGAGACCGCCGAACACUUUGACUCGCUCCUCGCCGCAAACACGUACGUCGCCGUCGACUUCUACGCCGACUGGUGCCCGCCCUGCAAGGCCAUCGCGCCCAUCUACAAGUCCCUCGCCGACAAGCACAGCGCCGAAAACACGCUCGCCUUUGCAAAGGUCAACGUCGACAACGUCCAGAAGAUUGCCGCCCGCUACGGCAUCACCGCCAUGCCCACCUUCCUCUUCUUCAAGGACGGCCAGCAGGUCGCCGUCAACGGCCAGGCCAUGAUCCAGGGCGCCGAUCCCCGCAGCCUGGGCGCUGCUGCUGAGAAGCUGGGCGGGCUGGCGCAGAAGAGGCUCGAGGAGGCCCAGACGGCCACUGCUUGAGAAACAAGACGGUUUUGAAAGAGGAGGAAGAGAAAGAAUAUCACCAUCACUGGAUUUGUCUUGGAGAAAUACGAGAAUAGAGGGAGGAACGCAUGCAUUUUACCGGGGCGCAUAUGAGAGCAAUAUCACAUGGGAAAAAAGACGGCGGCUUGUCUAGCAUUUUUGAGCCAUACAGUUAUCAAUUUACAGUUCAUUUCUUCUAAU